UUAUCUCUGUCAGAUGGCGAGAGAAUUACAUCUGUUAUUCCUGUGAGUGAGUUUGCUGGAGAUCAGUUUUUACUAAUGCUUACGGUGAAUGGCUACAUAAAGAAGGUGUCUUUGAGUUCUUUUUCAUCAAUCAGGUCAACCGGAAUCAUAGCAAUUCAAUUGGUCCCUGGUGAUGAGCUGAAAUGGGUCCGUUGCUGCACAAAUGAUGACCUUGUAGCGAUGGCAUCCCUAAACGGAAUGGUCAUCUUAUGUUCGUCUGAUAUUAUUCGAGCCCUAGGCAGGAACACUAGGGGUUCUGUAGCCAUGCGACUUAAAGAAGGCGAUAAGAUGGCAAGCGUAGACAUUAUACCAGCAGCUAUGCGGAAAGACUUGGAGAGGGUGUCAGAAGCACCAGAAAGCACGGCUAGAAGUCUGAAAGGCCCGUGGUUGUUGUUUGUGUCUGAGAAUGGAUAUGGAAAGCGUGUUCCCUUGAGCAGAUUUCACUCUUCCCGUCUGAACAGAGUGGGUCUGAUAGGUUACAAGUUUUCUGCGGAGGACCGAUUGGCAGCAGUUUUUGUGGUUGGAUUCUCUGUGGCAGAGGAUGGUGAAAGUGAUGAACAAGUGGUCCUAGUAAGCCAAAGUGGUACUGUGAAUAGAAUUAAGGUGCGGGAUAUCUCAAUACAGUCCCGCUAUGCAAGGGGUGUUAUUUUGAUGCGACUCGAUCUUGCUGGAAAAAUUCAGUCUGCUUCGUUAAUAUCAGCAACAGAUGAGGUGCCAGAGAUUGAAGUUGAUGAUGAAGCUGUAAUUCAUGGUUAAGUAGAUGUAGAUCCAGCUAGACUAACAUGUUUUAACUGGGAACACUACAUUAUGAUCUUCAUUUUUGUCAUAUGAAUGAAGGCUUCGUUUUGGUGCAUCAUCCAGCACAUCAUCUAAAUGAGCCUGAAAUGAAGUCUUUUUAGCGGUUUAGGUGGAACAUAGACUGCGGUGGAAGUCAUUUUGGUCGCAUUGUCAACCUCGUCAUCAUCUCUAGGCGAUAUGAAAUUUCACCGACCAUUUUGCUUUGUAGGCUGUAUAGUAAUGCAAAUCUGUACAGAUAAUAGUUCUAUAAAUUUGAGAUGAUUCUAAUGAGAAUAGUGUAUUGAAACUUUC